CUAAAUUUAAACACUAGUGGCAUGAAAUUUUAAAGAUUAAAUAUAAGUGAAUGACGUUACACCAACUUGAAUGAAAUUUUAUAUGGAACGUAAAUAAAAAAAUGCAGGCACUAGAUUCAUAAACAUUUUCUGAAGAUCGUUAUUCUGUUUGUGAGCACCUACAUGCUGACUUUCUACUUUCAUUGCAUUUAUUUUCAAAGGUCCUCCAGCUUGGUUCAACACUCAUUCUAUCUAAACAAAUUUCUCGUCUUCUUAUCUUUUCAACUCUUUAAUUUGUUUUCACAAAAAAAUGGCUUGCGCUUUGCUUGGAGUUGUGUUCGAAAAUUUGACAUCUCUCCUUCAAAAUGAAUUUUCAACCAUUUCUGGAAUCAAGUCAAAGGCUCAAAAGCUAUCAGACAACUUAGUUCACAUCAAAGCUGUUCUUGAAGAUGCUGAGAAGAAACAAUUCAAAGAACUCUCUAUUAAGCUAUGGUUACAAGACCUCAAAGAUGCUGUUUAUGUGCUCGAUGAUAUCCUUGAUGAGUACUCGAUCGAGUCUUGUCGACUCAGAGGAUUUACCUCUUUCAAACCAAAGAACAUCAUGUUUCGCCAUGAGAUUGGUAACAGGUUGAAAGAGAUUACAAGGAGGUUAGAUGAUAUUGCUGAAAGAAAGAACAAGUUUUCUCUACAGACGGGUGAAACUCUUAGGGUAAUCCCAGAUCAAGUAGCUGAAGGGCGCCAAACCAGCUCCACCCCUCUUGAAUCAAAAGCAUUAGGAAGAGACGAUGAUAAAGAAAAGAUUGUCGAGUUUCUUCUCACCUAUGCGAAGGACUCUAACUUCAUUUCUGUCUAUCCCAUUGUUGGUUUAGGUGGUAUUGGAAAAACAACUCUUGUUCAAUUGAUCUACAAUGAUGUUAGGGUGAGUCGCAAUUUUGAUAAAAAAAUUUGGGUUUGUGUUUCUGAGACUUUCUCGGUCAAGAGGAUUUUGUGUUGUAUUAUAGAAUCUAUUACAUUAGAGAAGUGUCAUGACUUUGAGUUAGAUGUCUUGGAAAGAAAGGUGCAAGGAUUGUUGCAACGGAAAAUAUAUUUGCUGAUUUUGGAUGAUGUGUGGAAUCAAAAUGAACAAUUGGAAUCUGGGUUAACACAAGAUAGAUGGAAUCGUUUGAAAUCUGUUUUGUCGUGUGGAUCAAAAGGUAGUUCCAUUUUAGUGUCCACUCGUGAUGAGGAUGUUGCAACAAUCAUGGGGACAUGGGAAAGUCACCGUUUAUCUGGUCUCUCAGAUAGUGAUUGUUGGUUGUUGUUCAAACAACAUGCAUUUAGACGUAACAAAGAAGAGCAUACAAAGCUUGUGGAGAUUGGAAAGGAGAUAGUAAAGAAAUGUAAUGGAUUGCCUCUUGCAGCAAAAGCAUUGGGGGGUUUAAUGGUCUCAAUGAAUGAAGAAAAGGAAUGGCUUGAUAUUAAAGACAGUGAGCUUUGGGAUUUACCACAUGAAAAAUCUAUUUUACCUGCUUUGAGGUUGAGUUACUUUUAUUUAACACCAACCCUAAAGCAAUGUUUCUCCUUUUGUGCUAUAUUUCCCAAAGAUAGAGAAAUCCUGAAGGAAGAAUUGAUUCAGCUUUGGAUGGCUAAUGGAUUUAUUGCAAAGAGGAAUUUAGAGGUUGAAGAUGUUGGAAACAUGGUUUGGAAGGAAUUGUACAGAAAAUCGUUCUUUCAAGAUAGCAAGAUGGAUGAAUAUUCUGGAGACAUUUCUUUCAAGAUGCAUGAUCUUGUCCAUGAUCUCGCUCAAUCAGUAAUGGGGCAAGAAUGUACGUGUUUGGAGAAUAAAAACACGACUAAUUUGUCAAAAAGCACACACCACAUUGGUUUUAACAGCAAGAAAUUUUUAUCCUUCGAUGAAAAUGCUUUCAAAAAAGUUGAAUCCUUGCGAACAUUGUUUGACUUGAAGAAAUAUUAUUUUAUUACAACAAAAUAUGAUCACUUCCCAUUAAGCAGUUCUCUCCGUGUUUUAAGAACAUUUUCUCUGCAGAUCCCAAUAUGGAGUUUAAUUCAUUUAAGGUAUUUGGAACUUAUUUAUCUUGACAUAGAAAAGUUGCCUAACUCAAUUUACAACUUACAAAAACUGGAAAUCUUGAAAAUAAAAGACUGUCGUAAUCUGAGUUGUCUCCCAAAACGCUUGGCUUGCUUACAAAAUCUUAGGCAUAUAGUCAUUGAAGAAUGUCGGUCUUUGUCUCAAAUGUUUCCUAACAUUGGAAAAUUAACUUGUCUAAGAACAUUAAGUGUGUACAUUGUUAGUGUAGAGAAAGGGAAUAGCUUGACAGAGUUACGUGAUCUAAACCUCGGUGGAAAACUGCAUAUCCAAGGAUUAAACAAUGUUGGCAGGUUAUCUGAAGCUGAAGCGGCUAAUUUGAUGGGUAAAAAAGACCUUCAUGAAUUAUGCUUGUCAUGGAUAUCCCAACAGGAAUCUAUAAUUAGUGCUGAGCAAGUACUUGAAGAGCUUCAACCUCACUCAAAUCUCAAAUGCUUGACAAUAAAUUACAAUGAAGGGUUAUCGUUACCAAGUUGGAUAAGCCUUCUUAGUAAUUUAAUUUCUCUUGAACUUCGGAAUUGCAACAAAAUUGUGCGGCUUCCGUUACUUGGUAAACUACCAUCUCUAAAAAAACUGGAAUUAUCUUAUAUGGAUAAUCUGAAAUACUUGGAUGAUGAUGAAUCUCAGGAUGGUGUGGAGGUGAUGGUUUUCCGAUCUCUGAUGGAUCUCCAUUUACGAUACCUACGAAACAUAGAGGGGUUAUUGAAAGUGGAAAGAGGGGAGAUGUUUCCUUGUCUUUCUUACUUGGAAAUCUCAUAUUGCCAUAAACUUGGACUGCCAUCUCUUCCAUCUCUUGAAGGCCUCUAUGUGGAUGGAUGUAACAAUGAGUUACUGAGGUCAAUCUCUACCUUCCGUGGUCUUACUCAGCUUACCCUAAUGGAGGGUGAAGGAAUAACAUCCUUCCCAGAGGGGAUGUUCAAAAACCUUACUUGUCUUCAAUAUCUGGAAGUAGAUUGGUUCCCACAAUUGGAGUCCUUACCAGAGCAAAAUUGGGAAGGUCUUCAAUCCCUUCGAGCUCUACACAUUUCGAGUUGUAGAGGAUUGAGAUGCUUGCCGGAGGGUAUUCGACACCUCACUUCCCUUCGAAAUCUACAGAUUUAUAGCUGUAAAGGAUUGCGAUGCUUGCCGGAGGGUAUUCGACACCUCACUUCUCUUGAGGUUCUGACAAUUUGGGAAUGCCCAACAUUAGAGGAACGAUGCAAAGAGGGAACAUGGGAGGAUUGGGACAAGAUAGCUCAUAUUCCAAAAAUACAGUUUACCGAGGAUUAAGAAGCAGAGACGUUUACCCUUAUCUGCCACAAUCAACAUCGCAAAAAUCAAUUUUACUGGAAGAGAUCCAGACUACAUGAAAGAUAUUUCACUGCUCAACUAAAGUUACAAAUGUUCUAAUUCAGGAUUGGCGUCGACACACAAGACAAAUAACGGGAUUAAUGGAACAAACAUACCCAAUGACGAAGACGCAGUCUUUUGGAGUGGAGGAAGUGACAAUGGGUCAGAGCUCCGUACCCAUUAGCAAAGUCUGAUCGGUGUCAAGGUGAUGUUUCUGCUACUGAUUUCAACAGGAAUCAAAAAACAGAGAUGUUGGUGUUUCUGCCUCCAUCUUUAUUUCUUUUGACUGUGUUUCAUAACAAUCUCUUGGUACUCUAUUUGCAGGAUAUGCCUCUCAUGUCUCUUGACUAUGGUUUCCUUAUUUGACGUUUCUGAAUAUCCCUUUUUUUAUUUGUGGUAUUGAAAUCUAUAAUUGCAUGUUUCAAUUUGAUGGCUGAGUGUAAUUUCUAGUCGGAACAAUUUUUUAAAGCUUCUUUGUCUCUUUUACAUCAUUAUAACAAUAUUAUUGUCUUAGUUUAAUUUCUAUGUGCAGGAACCACUUGUUACAUAGUUGUUAAAACAUCUUUUGAGUGAGGGAAGCCAAGAUCAACAUGUGUAUAAUACUCCGGGUAAAACUAUCAUCGACAUCAAUAACAAUCUAGAGCAUUUUGUCACAACCAAUGCAUAUUAUAAUUCUCGUGUGUUGGUAAAUAUUGUGAGAAAUGAUGCCAUGUGUCUGUCAUUGUUACCAACCAAAGACAGAAAAUCUGCAGAUAUGUUGUGGAAUGCUGCUGAAUCCCAACCAUAUUUGUGUCGGACCACUGCUUUUCCUGAAAGCAAGAGGAUGCUUCAGCUGAACCACAGAAACUAUAAGAGGAGCCAUUUAUUUCUCUUUGAACUAUGGAUAUUGUUGAAUGCGAGGAUUGAGAUCCUUUCCAGAAGGUAUUUGACACCUCACUUCACUUGAGUUUAUGAGUAUCCGUGGUUGCCUAAAAUUAAAGGAGUGUAAGGAGAGAGCAGGAGAGGAAUGUGACAGGAUACCACAUAUUCCAAAAAUUGUUUAUUGGAAUGAAGAAGACAUCUUUGAAUUCAUUUAUGUGAAACUUGUGAUUUUUGUCUGAGACGAAAUCAAUUAAAGAUGUCAACCUAAUGGGUCAGAUUAUCGUUAUGGCGUCUCCACUUCCUUAUGAUCCUUCAUAGUAUUGAUAUGGUUAUGAUCCUUCAUUUAUGAAAUAGUCCCUUCAUGUAUGAAAUAUUUAUGGAAAGUUGGAGUUUCAAGUUCGAUCAGGGGAAACACCAAUAGCCAGAAUUGGCGACGUUGUUGAGCAUAUUUUAGGAGUGAUGUUUGCUGCUGAAGAUUUCAAUUUCCUUUAACUGAUAUCUCUUUACUGGUUAUCGUUGGUUUCCAGGUAAUGGAUUGAAUGUAUUUUGGCCUGAAAAAUCAAUCUCCAAAGAAAGCAGUGAAAAAUCUAUUAGUCCAUCAAAUGAAGCAAUGGAAAUCACAAAUAAUGAGAAAAAUUGAUAUGGUUGGCAUGAAACGAGAGGAUGUUGACAGCGGUGAUCCAACACAUGAGCCGAACUUAAUUCCAACUAAUAACAGAUGUUGAAAGAGUUAUAUAUAGCUUCUCCUAAGCCUUAGGAGGUUGUCCUUGAUUUUACAAUAUCUACUAGUACUAAUGUUGCUAACAUAAGUGAUUCUUUAUAUUAAUCUCUUUCCCAUUUCUCUAGUGUAGUUUUUUGUUAGUGAGCUUAUAAUCAGACAUUUUGUGUCUUGGUUAUUCCAAACAGUGUACAUACAUUAUUUAUUUAAAAGGGAUAAAUGCUUUUUUGAAUUCA